UCCUGCCCUGCCAUAUGUCUAAUGUUGAUAACACCUAGGCAGUUUCGUGAAGCUUGAUCACCGUAUCUUCAGGAAUUCCAACCUUACAUGCGUGACACUGUUACAUCACAGACACUGUAAAAUUCUACUGGUCUGUCAUGUACCCUCUAUAUCCCACUGUUCUCUCUGGAGGCUAUAAAUACUGGGGGGGUGGGGGGAAAAGAAAAAUUGGCAAAACCGAAAGGUUACAUUAGGAUGCCGCUACUUUGAUCUGUGUACGUGCCGAGUUCACUUGGUAGCUGGCAUUCUGGUGCCUCGUUGACGUUUGCCAUUCUUGGGAUGAGCUCUUGAGCGUAGUGGGAAUGCCACAGAAAAAGAAGCUAUCACUCAUUGAGCAAAACAAGCAAAGAGCUGCUGAGUACAAGUUGGAGACAGGCGACUAUCAAGACAGGACUGGCGCCCCGAGAACCGUUGCUUGCCCUACUCCGUGCAACCUGAGUCUCUCUGGGGCUCCCAGUGUGGAAACUGGUGAUUCGUUGGAAAUCUCAUGGAAGACUUUUCUCUCUGUGUUAAGGUCAAUGGAGGAAUGUUCGGAAAACAAGAUGAAUGCCUUAGUUCCUCAGCUCAUAACAUCUCAGCCAGUUCUGUCGAGGAAGAAGAUUGUCACCAAGGCUGAAAAAAUAAGAAAAGGCAGAUCAAGUGCGCUCCCUGUUAUACUGAAGCCUGGAGAAAAAACAAAUGCCUACCAAAAAGAAAGGGAACGGAGUGCUGUUGUUCACAGCUCAAAGCAAGAUGGAGAAAAAAUUAGAAUUGGAUCAGGCCAGCCCGAUCCCUGUGGGAAGACUCCUAAGGGAGACAUAUGCCACACAGGAAGCAAGACAAAGAUAGAUCAAGCAUCAAGUGAAGCAGCUUAUGCCCAAUUACCUUUGACUCUACCUGAUCCCAAAGCCGUGAUCCAAAGACAACGGGAGGUACCUCAUUUAAUUCCCCAAGAAAACACAUCCCUGACACACAAAUUCAAGAAAGGAAACUUAGGGCUGACAAAUCAUAAAGACCGGCAUCCGCAGAAAUUAAAUAGCAGCAUAAGUGUGCUCCCUCACCUGGAGUGCCAAGUUAAGAGCAAUUUGGUUUCAAGUGCUGUGAAGCCGCAGCAGCAAGAUGCUAUCCUUCCGCAAAUAACCGCCAAGAACUUGCAGAAUGUAAAUGCGUUGCAUCAGCAGGAAAACAGAGCCCCAGGCCAAUCAUUUCCUUCAGCUCCUCGUGAAAACAGUGCUAUAGUUCUGUCCAGCAAGACAGAAACAGAAAAAGGCCACAAUCUAAAGCUGCCUCUGACUUCAGCAGAAGCCUUGAAACAUUUUAAAAACCAGCUAACAACGUAUGAGCAGCGGGAGAUUAAGGAAUAUAGAGAGCUGUGGUUUCUUGGACUGGGAGCUAAAAAGAUUGAAGCCUAUCCUGAUGCAGAGAACAACAGUUCCUAUGAUGAUGAUCAUGGCUCCUACAAAAAGGUUCUAAGUGAUCAUAUCGCAUACAGAUACGAAAUACUGGCUGUUAUUGGGAAAGGAUCGUUUGGGCAUGUUGUGAAGUGUUUGGACCACAAGACAGGUGAAAAAGUAGCAGUGAAGAUAAUAAGGAACAAAAAGAGAUUUCAUAAUCAAGCCUUGGUAGAAGUCAGCAUCCUCAAUGCUCUACGGCAAAAGGAUGAAGACAAUGCUCACAAUGUCGUCCACAUGAAAGAAUAUUUUUACUUCCGUAAUCAUUUCUGCAUUUCCUUUGAACUGUUAGGUAUAAAUUUGUAUGAACUAAUCAAGAAAAAUAAUUUCCAAGGUUUUACACUGGGUUUGAUUCGUAGAUUCACCCUGUGUAUAUUAAGAUGCUUACAGUUGUUGUACACAGAAAAGAUUAUUCACUGUGAUCUAAAGCCUGAGAACAUAUUAAUAAACCAACCCCAACCUGGGCAGGUUUCAUUUAAAGUUAUCGACUUUGGAUCAAGCUGCUAUGAACACCAAAGAGUGUAUACGUAUGUCCAGAGUCGAUUUUAUCGUUCCCCAGAAGUGAUUCUUGGUCACCCCUAUGCAACCCCUAUUGACAUGUGGAGCCUAGGGUGCAUUAUGGCUGAACUCUACACAGGGUACCCACUUUUUCCUGGGGAGAAUGAAGUGGAGCAGCUUGCAUGCAUUAUGGAGAUACUAGGUCUUCCACCAGCCGAUUUCAUUCAGACUGCAUCAAGAAGGCGAACGUUCUUUGAUUCCAGCGGUUCUCCAAAGAAUCUUACAAAUAGUAGGGGGAGAAUAAGAAACCCGAACACAAGGGAACUGAGCGCUGUAUUGAAAACGUAUGAUGGUGCAUUUCUGGAUUUUCUGAAAAAGUGCCUUGUAUGGAAACCUUCCCUGCGCAUGACUCCGGAAGAUGCAAUGCACCACUCCUGGAUGCAGGACCCAUGGUUACAUAAAGCGAAACAAAAGCCCAAGCCUACGACGAAGUCAGGCGAGGCAGAGAAGAAGAAGGAAAAUGCCCAUAAAAGUGCUCAGCCAGAAAAAGAUGAAACCACACGGCACCAAUCUGCUGGAGAAAUAAAAUCUGAUCCCUCUGAAAAGUUAUCCAUUGCGAUUCAGAAAUUAUCUCCCAUCGUAACCUCCCAAGAUGCAAACGAAGAGGAAAAGGAGGAUUCCAACAAGCAAGAAACUCCAGAAAAAGAAGUGGAAACCCUGGCGGACAAAACUGUUAAAAGAGAACAGAGAGACCAUAGGACUGAGAAGGUCAUGCACAAAAAUACAAGCAUCUUGCCACCCAUCAAGUACAAGCAAUGACUAGUCCUCUUUGCAUAUCAUUUGUGGUCUGCUUUUAGGUAACUUUUUUGCUGUAAAAUGUUCAAGAACAGAAAUUUAACAUAA